CAACGCGCGCCAAUUCAAACUUCAGGAAACGAAAGUGUCGUUUAAAAACGGUCUCACAACAAAACAGACAAUAUUUAGUGGAUAACUUCCGUCUCCGUGUUCUCUUUAGCACUGCACUUAGUAACAACAGAAGCAGCCAUGACAUCUAAAAGUGCCAAAGAAACCAUAGUUGCCAAGUUGGGUUUCAAAUCCAGCAGCCCUGGCUCCAAGGCUGAGGCAGAGCUGGAAAAAGUCAAGAAAGAAAAUGCUCACCUGAAAAAAAAGAUUGAUGACCUGGCCAAACGGCACAUCAAACCGCCCGAUGCGGACAAAAGCAAGCUGCUGGAGAGGAUUCUUUCCCUCGAGACCUUGAGAGAGAGGAACAACCAGCAGUUGCUGGUGAAAGAGCAGGAGCUGGAAACUCUGAGACAGCAGCUGUCAGCUAAAGGAGGAGAGGUGGUGGCGUCGCUGCAAGCUCAGCUGGAGCAGCGGAGGAAAGAAGCAGAGCAGAGAGACGCGUUGUUCCAGAGUUUGUCACAGGAGACGGAGAAUCUGAAAAACAAGCUGGCCACUGUUUCUGCCCGAUGUCAGACUCUAGAAACCCAGAAUGGACAGGCACCUGCUGCAGACCUCGUAAUGAUACAAGAUCAACUGAAAGAUGCUCUGGAGAAGAACCAGCAGUGGCUUGUGUACGACCAGCAGAGAGAGGCCUAUGUGCAGUCUGUCCUGGCCCGUAUUUUAGAGCUGGAACAGCAGCUGGCUCAGGCAAAGCAGCAACAAACCAAACAAGAGGCCAGUCCAGAGGCUCCUGCCAACUUGGCAGAUCCAGAAAAGGAAUCUCAGCUGAAAAGCCAAUAUGACCACUUGGUGUCUGGGAUGCAGAAAGACCUGGAGAGCCAAAAAGAGCAGGUUACCAGGGCCAGACAGGAGCUCGGUGUCCAUCGGGAGCAGGCCUUGAAAGCUCAGGCUGAGCUGUACUCUCAGCGGGAGCAGGUCACCAGGGUUCAGGAGGAGAUGUUGGCACUGCAGAGGAAGUACGACGACAAGUGCUGCGAGCUGUCAUCCUUUCUGAGGAAGUACGAAGACAAGUGCAAAGAGCUGGAGGAGGCCAAGAUGGAUCUGCAGGCAGAGCGACUUAGCAACAGACAUGCAGUCUGUGAGGAGAGAAAGGAGUCGUCUGAGCGUGCAGACAGAAUGAGGGUGGAACUGGAGAAUAUGGAUAUCAGAUUGGAGGAGGAGAAGAAGAGAUCUGCUGAGCUUCUAUUGCAGGUAAAUAUGCUGCAGAAGUCCCUCCUGAGCCAGAAGGAAGAGCAGAGAAGAAUCGCAGCACUGGAGCAACAGAUCCAACUCUCUGCCAAGGACUUUGAGAAUGAAAAAAUUGAUCGUCAGAGCAUGCAGCACCAGUUACAUAAGGUGCUGAAGGAGCUUCGCAAGGCCCGUGAUCAGAUUGCAAACCUGGAAUCUGCUAAGCAGCCAAAUGCUCGCUUUUCAGAGCCCAGCUCGUAUAAUAGCCUCGAGUUUGAGCGUCUCACUAUUGAAAACCCUCUUGGCCCUACAUCCCCAUCUAAAGUCACCAACCUCCUGGAUGAGAGUUUCCUGGAGUGCCCAAAGUGUCGGGCGCCUUAUCCCACCAGUCGUCACAGAGAGCUGCUGACUCACAUCGAUUACUGCUUUGCGUAAGCUAACACAUCAGUCUAGAUGAGUGAUUCUCAGUGUGCAUGUCCGGACCUCCACUUAGUCAAAGGGGUAAAAACAAACACAAGAAUCACUCUACAAGAUUUCUGAUUCAUUCAGGAAAUUUGUGUUUUUGAAUCUAGGUAUAAUAAAACGAUGAACAGGCAGUUUUAGACACUGACUCUACAAACAUAGCACUGAUAACAGAGUAUAAGAUAUUUCUUAAAGUCACUGGAGACCACUUGCAUUCGAUCCUCUUCUUUUAUCGCAAAGUUAGAAAUACCACCUUAAUGAUCAUUUAACAUAAAUGUAUAAAAUAUUCAUUUAUGUAAGAAAUCAUGGGACAUAUUGUGCAUUAUUUUCCAAGAAUGAUGGUCUGUGGUGUCCAUUGAAAAAUGAUUUUAAAAAAUUUUUUUAAAACAGUGUUUUGGCUUUUUUACUCUGUUGUUGUUUUUUUUUUUUGUUUUUUUUUGUUUUUUUUUUGUUUUGUUUUUUUUGUUUUUCUUCCCCCAUUCAAUAUCCAAACAGGUGCGAUACUUGAAUGCUUGUGUAGAUACGUUUUUUGUUUUGUUUUUUAAAUAGAAGGGAUUUGAAGGAUAUUCUUAACAUGCAAAUCACUCAAACAUGUACUCCAGCUCUUCUUGCAAGUAGAAAAUCACCAAAUAUCUCCUCAUUUACAGUUAAAAAAAAAAAAAAAAAUCUUUAAUACUCCAUCCAUAUAGUUACAUCUGGGGCCUUUCUGUUUAGAUUUUGCUGUUUGUUAAACUCUUGGUAAAUUCAGUUUUGUUUUGGUGUGUGUGUGUGUGUGUGUGUGUGUGUGUGUGUGUGUGUGUGUGUGUGUGUGUGUGUGUGUGUGUGUGUGUGUGUGUGUGUGUGUGUGUGUGUGUGUGUGUGUGUGUGUGUGUGUGUGUGUGUGUGUGUGUAUCUCACAGUAUUUAUUCUUGUGUUUUUGUUUUUAAUUGGUGAACUACUGUCUCUUUUCAGUGAUUUUAGUUUUAUUUUGCUUCAGUAUGUAUCACCAGACAAUGUUUUGCAUUUGUAUUGGCCUUCUUUGUAUCGAGGGAAUAUUGUUAAUGUUAUUUUGCAUAAAAGUUUACAAGCCUGUCUAAUAUACUCCACUGAUGAAACGGCUAAACACACACUUUCUAAACUCCUCUUUUUAUUCCUUCCAUCUUCAGCGGCAGCAGUAGUCGUGUUUCUUUUUGGCUGGCUUUAUGUGAAAGUGUUAUGACCACCUAAUUAGCCAUGUGUUUUCGGUUAUGUCAGUGAUGUUUGUGUGAUUGCUAAAGCGUUUCUCUGUUUAACAUGUAAACAGCUGUGUAAAGUAUCCCAAACCAUGACCAAGUUUUUCUCCCAAAGCUGAUCGCAUACUUUUAUUUGCCUGAACUGAACCAGACUUAAAAUGUACAGCAGUUGGGAGCUUAUCUAGUCACAUGUGGGUGGUUGUCCCUGUAUUCUUUCCUGUUCAAGUGAAGCUCACUUCAAUCUCCACCUUGACUUUUCAAGCCUGCGGCCAUUUAAAGCUGGAAUGAGAUUGCAUGAGUUAAUUCCUUGUGCUAAACUAUUUAAGGCAGGGAUUACUAAAGGUCCUCCCGGUAGUGGGGGAAAGUGGUUAAGGUGUCUACUCUCGCAGCCUUGGCAGUGUGACCAGUUGACAUGAGACAAACACUGCUGUGCAUCUUAUAUGUGGUUGUUUUGAUUUGGGCUAGCUCUCAUAGAAGAUCAUAGGAUCCAACUUUUAUCAACAAGUUUACCUGUGUUUUUUUGUUUUAAACCUGAUUUAUUUUAAUCAUGUACACCAAAGUAGUUUUGCCAUGAUCUGUACUGUACUGUACAAAAAUGUGCAAUAAAGAUGUAAAUCUCCUCCCACCACAUCA